GCCAAGUGCUUGCGGCCAGACGGUGCUGGCUCCGCUUUUGGUUUGCUACCCUAGCGCUCCUGCUGCCUCCUCCUCCUCCUGGGCUUGGAACCCCCCGCCUGCCAGUCUCCCCUUGGGUUUUUGGAUAAAUUAUCCCGUGGACGGAAGGACGGCCUGUUCCUGUCGCGUGUACCUAUCCCCGUUACAUCUCGCCCUUCGUUUAGCCUUCUCCCUUCUUUUGACACUGGCCUAGCGGCUCUCCGCAGGGACUACCCAAAAGCCCGAGCCGCCAGCGCACGGUCGCGCGAUCCACCAGCUACACCGGGUCCCCCUCCCACGAGCGAUGGCGACAGCAGACCCACCACCUCCAGAAACCACCGAACACCCCCCUCUCAUCCGCAAGGACACCGCGGACCUUCUGGCGCCGCGACACGAAGAGGAUAAUGGAUCGACAAACUCUACCGCUUCGACCUCCUCUCGACAUUCCUCCCAACCGCCUUCACCGGAGUCCUCUACCACUACCCUACCCUCUACGAUCACCAACCCAUCAGACGGAACAUGCACCGCACCCUCCUCUAUCCCUCGCCUGCGGUCUCAGCCCAGCAUUAAGUUCGCACCACUCCCGGAACCCCAACGCACGACCCCGCGUCGGCACCCACCUCUCGGCAUCGCCACGCGCGGUCAGCUUAUGCGGCGGCGCAAGCUCAUCGCCGCGGGCGCUGACCCCGAAGCGGACGACCACCCCGACUCCACGAGCCACACGAUUGUCCACGUCUACCGCCCGCCCCCAGCCGACACGAACAGCAAGCGCGGGAAGGGCAAGACCCGCUCGCAGCCCGACGAGGAGAAGUGCUGGACGCGCGAAGACCUCGCGAACGCGCCGCGCUUCAUCGAACAGGUCGUCGCCGAGCAUGAGGCGCGGAAGAACAGGCGGUACGCGGGGUACGAGAGCAGCGACACGGAGGACGAGGAGACGGUGCCCGUCGUCACGAUCGGCAGGAUCGUGAAGGGCGCGCGGAAGCACCUCUUCCGAAAGGCGUCGAACAAGGAGCUCCGGCAAGAGCGUAGCGCACCGCCGAAGCCGCCACCACUGCCUAGGCCGGGGCAGAAGCUUCUCAUGCCUCCCCCGCCGCCCAGUCCUGGCCCCAAACCCGCGGACGAUGACGAGCACCCCGAUCCGCACGCGGACCCCAGGUUUGAGCGCGCGCCAGGCGAGACGGAAGGCGCGGUGUGGGACGAGGAAGUUUCGGAUCCCCAGCGUUUCGCGGCACAGAACAGACGAGGAUUAUGACCUUCAAUGAUACGUUCCGGUGUUUCUUCUCCCGGGGACAACUCAUCCGUUCGCUCUUUCACUUGCAUUUUACGUUAUUCCUGUGGCAUACAGUAUAGGUAUAGGUUAGUCUAUACGUUUCCGUAUUGGGUUCUUCCUCGUUCUGAGGUGUGCAUAGCUCACCGUUUGUUUUUCUACUCACUGUUCCUUUAUACUAUUCUCAAGGCUAGUUCUCAUCGCACCGUCAUUUCCCCGUU